GAGACAUCAUCUGGCACAGCUGCGGUAGUGCAAGAAGCCGUUCUAGACUCGUUUGCCAGAACGCAGAAAGAUUCUUGUUUAAAAAACUAUUUAAGUACUCAAGUGUUCAAACUGUGCAAGAUUUUCUAUCGGCGUUUAAAACGGAAGAGCAAAAUUCCGCGUGGAAUAGAUAAGAGAUCCAAGGUGCUGCUUGUUUUCCUUGGGCUAAAGUAGGCCGUGCAAAGUAGGCCGUGCAUCGUAGAGGGUGCGCGUAGGGGAAACGCAUCGAAUGCGCGCCGUAACCGCUGACGUUUUGGGCAAAUCGCGCCUUCGUCGCCCGCGACGACGACGAGUUUUUCUGGCUAGAAGAUUAGGGACGGAAUGUUCCUGUUGCUUAAUUGAGUGAUUAAAAGUCGAUCAUAGCAUGCACCUCAGGGUCAAGUGCAAGCGUAAGUGGGUUUGCUAAUCGGCACCGAGUGCUUGCACGCUAUUAUUCUAAUGCCCGUGGUCGGAAGAAGACCUUUGGCAUAAAGUGUGUGUGAAUCCGUGCAGUGUAGGAGACUAAAAUCAUGAUAACUAAACAACGCCUUAGUGAUAAUGCUUCCCUAGGCGAUAUUUCAACGAACUCGGUCUGUGAUGUAGCACAGGCGACGGCGAGUAGCGACGGAAGUAGUAGCGAUGCCAGCCGCAGCAAGACCGCCUCACAGGAGGCUCUGAAAUCUGAAGAUUACUCAAAUGGUCGUCGCCUACUACCUGACGACGAAAAAAAGGUGAUCCCUGGACCGUUUGCCCUCGAAGAUAGCUGUAAUGCGGUGGACAAUGCACUACGCCCCGAUCUCAAAGACGACGAGGAUAGCAAGGAGAGUGAUUUAUCCUUCAAUGGCAAAAUUAACAACCUAAAGGCUGACAAAACGAUAGCUUCCGUUGCGGCUAACGAUUCUGGAGUGGUUAUGACGGCCCCGGUGCGAAAGGCGCCGGAAUGUGAACUGAUAGACGCUACCAAAGGGUUCGAGCGGGCCGACACACGAAAGGAGAGCAUCGAACGUGCCCGACAGGAACGGCUCAACAAAUCCGCCGAAUUGUUGGCCAAGGAGAACAGCUCCUGGAUUCACUACAAUAACGAAAAGUCACCCGAUGUGUUUGCCGAUGAGGAUGACGAAGAAGAGGAAUAUUUUGGAAGACCGAACGACGACGACACCGAGCCGGAUGAGGUGGAUGAAGGCGUUGAGGUUCGACAGGCACGAAGCCAAAAGCUACGGCACAGCUCUGGAUUGGGAUUGCCCGAGAACGAACAGUCAUAUGACAAGCGUGAUCGGAUCGAUCACGUGGAGCGUGUUUGGUUGAAACGACUGCAACUGUCCCUGUCCGGUGUCCCACCGCCACCAUCGCUGACCUUCUCAAACAUGGACAUUGACCAGCUAUUGACACUUUACGGUGAACGCUCACAGCAAGUCACUAAACCGGACCGUAUCACGCCUGCAAAUGUUGCUGAUGAGCCUAAACCAAUCGAUACCCCGUCGCAAAUGAGUCUAGGGCCCGAAUGUCUCAGUAAACCGACCCACUCGAGCGAACAGCUGUCCUCGGCCGAAUGGCCCGACCUGCUAAAGUGUCGUGCCCAUGGUCUGCACUACAACAAAUCGACGGUCACGGAAAAGCUGGAAUUGCUCGGAUUGAAGUACGUCGAACGAUACAUUGGUGCCGAAACCAGUUCAUCGUUCAACAUGACACAUUCGCCGUCUAGUGCGAAGAAGCGCAACCAACGGAUGAAAAUGCUGAAUCAAUCACCCGGUAGUCGCCUAAGCCAUCUGGCUAGACGACGCGCGAUCUUUUCAUCGGCAAACCUGCUGAACACUAACAAAGCUGCUGGUAGCGGCGUUGCAAACAACAACACCGGUGGUAAUUUCUCGAAAGUGCAUAUACUGUCACGAUUGAAUCCAUUCCGGCUGUGCAAUAGACAAGUUCUGCUAGACCCAAAAAAAUCGGAUAACCGUCGUAAGAGUAAAAUAAAAACUCCGAAACGUCGAACACCUAGUGCUGUUAAAGCUUCACCCCAUCGCCGUACUCCCGGUUCGUCAGCGAAAAAACGACCUACCAUAGUUACCGUCAGUGCCAGUUGCUCUCAACCACUGCACGUUCCGGCGACUCGCGAAUCUUCCAAGCGUGCCUUGUUCCUUAGUCCACAAAACGGUGACCAUGGGUCGGGUAGUGCUGCCGCUGUGGUGUCUGCUAGCAGAUUCGAUUCUCGUCCCGUUAGUAGCAGUAAACAGCAGCUUGAUCGCGUAAUCUUCUCGGAAGCACGUAUGAUGCGAUCGAAACGUACCCUGCUGUUUUCACCGCAGAAAGGUGAUGAAAAUCGUACGGCAACGUCUGCUGCCAUUUCAUUCAAAAGAGCUCGAUCACCGGAGGGCAACGAUGUUGACGGUGGUAGGUACCAACGCCAUAACAAUACCGGUGAGCGAACGGAGAAAAUACGGCGUACCGAAGGUUCCGGGCUAACGGAAGACGAUCUAACGCCACGGUCGUUGAAGUUUGCGCGUAGCAAGAGCUUCUGUGUUGGAGCACAAGCGUCAAACGAUGGAAAUUCACAAACGCUGCCCGAAUGCAACGGUAAAUCCUUGUUUCGGGCCAACUCGGCUAUCACCUCGGAGGACGGCAACAGACCGGUGAUGGUUCUUACGGAAAACCACAAAAAGAAACUAUUAUGGGCUGUUUCGCAAGCGCUGCAAAGUAAGCAGAUAACGGUGAAGCACGAGUCGUUCAAACAGCAUGCGUCGAACCUGGUACGCGUUGUCAAGAAACUGUUUCUAGAGUUCAACGACAAUUCGAUCAACAGUACGAGCGAAAAAUUACUAAGACUGGCCAACAAGCACGUUUUCGAGGUGAUACAGGGCAAGAGCGUGGACGAUAUAUACUUCCGCGAGAAGACGCGCAUCCUGAACGCGCGCAACAUGCCGAAACUGCAGGGUUACAUAGGUCCGGAGGAGUAUGAGAUGCGUCAGCUGAGGCGUGCCGGAUCGAUGGCCAGCUCCCUGGACGUACCAUCACUGGACUGUUCAUCGACGCUCGGUGCGAGCCAAAACUUCCUAAGCCAGACUUCCGUGUUUUCGCAAACCUCAUCGGUGUUCGAUUUAUCGCAACAGUCGGACACGGGUAGCGUUCGCGGUGGAAUGCGGCCGGCCGCCUCGACCGGUAACCUCAGCUCGACGAUGGAGGUGCCUCCGAUGGGCUCCACCACGGUAUUGCGCGAAAAUAUCAACAGCGAGCUGCGGCAGCGAUCGUCGCAGAAGCAAGUGUCCUUUUCGGGGAAGGACUCAAAGUGCGUGAUUCCUUACGCGGCAACCGACAAGGUCCCUCCCAACAACAAACUGCUGGUCGGUGGUGGUGGUGGUGGUGGUGUUGCCCUGACAUCCAGUAUCUUGAAGGCGAAACGACAGAUAUUGUUCGAGUAAACACGUCAUUGGAUAAGACAUUCUGCAGCUACCUCCCGCUCCCCUUCCCAGGACGACACUAGGACCCUGGAGACUGAAGAACUGUUAACUCUAGGUUACUACGAUAACUUAUUUCCGCGAUCGCAUCUCACUUGGGGUCGGUUGGGAAAAAUAUUAUAAUUUAUGCGUUUGCGUUGCUUGAUUUUCUCCUUUUUUCUUUUUCUCUUGUUUCUUUUAAUGAUAAUGAUCUAGCUUGAAUAAACUUAACAUUGCAUC